AUGUCAACAUUAUUCCAGAGCUAUGAGGAGGAAUACCGAGAUGUUGUUAAGAAUAUACAGGACGGGAUGACUGAACUGCGUGCGACUCUUCACCGCAGUGGUGUAGAUGGCCGUGGUAGCAAUGGCUCUUCUCCUGCAGUUCCCGCCACUGGCCCGGGCAGUCGCCUGCAGCGCGGCUCGCAGCUCACAGCCCUCAUCACACAAGUGAAGGAGCUGCUGAACAACAUGGAGUACGAGUGCAAUGACGUGGCCGUUGAACAGCGGCCGCUGUUGAAGGAACGCCUCACGGACUGCAGAAAGAAUGCGAGAAGAUUAGAAGAGGAAAUUGCGAAACUCCGCGCGGAGUGUGCCGCUGCUGAUCGUGAGGAUCUCAUGGGCGCCACGGCGAAGAAGGGAACAGGUGCUGGUACUGCAGCUGCAGGAAGUGCGAGCAACUCAUUAGGUCUGGAUGAUGAGACGGCCAAACACCGACUGCAAAUGAUGCAAAACACAGAGAGAGUCAAACAGGCAUCCAACACACUCUUGAGAGCAGAGAAGUUAUUAAACGAAACAGAAGAAACGGGAACGGCGGCAUUAGGGAACUUGCGAACACAGACAGAAACACUCCAUCGUAUUAAUGCCACCACCAUUGAGGUGAAUGAAGAGAUAUCAGAAGCACGUAAAAUCCUUACACGUAUGCAGCGUACAAUGGUGAAACACAAAAUAAUGCUGGUUGGUAUUAUUCUCGUUUUAUUGUUUCUUAUAUUUGUUGCACUUUAUGUAUCGGUAUCUAAAAAUGAACGGCAGAAACAGGUACAACCAGCACAGAACUCAACGCCUGCUCCACCAUUACCGACAUGGAGUCCUGGGUCUGGCGGUGGAAUUCCUACAGACUGA